CGGUGGGACAUGCCCCCGCCCGGGACAUGUUAGUGCCGUGUCACGGUGACACAGGGAGUCCUCCUCAUAGUGAGUAAGCAGACUUUGACAGCUUACACCCGGUUUACAUCAGGUGUCCCGGUAGGAUGUUAAGACUGGCCCGGGGCCUGUCUGUGUCACAGAGUAGCUUAGCCCGCCUGCUGAGCAGAGCCGUUUUGGGAGCAGACGCUGUGCAGCAGCAGACCACAGAGAGACAAGUCAGGGGGUUCGGACACACACACCACCACCAACACCACUUCAACCUCCAGAACCCAGCGGGACGGGACAGAACCCUGCUCCCGGAGCAACAGUCGGCCGCCCGCUUCGGCUGCAGUCUAAGGAUGGCGUCCGGGACUCCUCCCCCUCCCCCCACCCCUCCAAAACACACCAACCGACUCUACGAGGAGAAGUCCCCCUAUCUCCUGCAGCACGCCCACAACCCCGUGGACUGGUACGCUUGGGGACAGGAGGCCUUCGACCGGGCCAAACAGGAAGACAAACCCAUCUUCCUGUCAGUGGGCUACUCGACCUGUCACUGGUGCCACGUGAUGGAGCGCGAGUCCUUUGAGGACGAGGAGAUCGGACGGCUGCUCAGUGAGAACUUUGUCUGCAUCAAAGUGGAUCGGGAGGAGAGGCCGGACGUGGACAAGGUCUACAUGACGUUCGUACAGGCUACCAGUGGCGGAGGUGGAUGGCCCAUGAGUGUGUGGCUGACCCCUGACCUUCGACCUUUCAUCGGGGGCACGUACUUCCCUCCCAGAGACGCCGGAAGGAGACCAGGACUCAAAACGGUCCUCACAAGAAUCAUGGAGCAGUGGCAGACCAACCGGACCACGCUAGAGUCCAGUGGCGAGCGCGUCAUGGAGGCCUUGAGGAAGGGCAGCGCCAUCGCUGCUGCCCCCGGUGAGGCCGCCCCCGGCCCGGACGUAGCCAAUCGCUGCUUCCAGCAGCUGGCCCACUCCUAUGAGGAGGAGUACGGGGGCUUCAGAGACGCCCCCAAGUUCCCCACACCAGUGAACCUGAUGUUCCUGAUGUCGUACUGGGCCCUGAACCGCUCAACCACCGAGGGGGCCGAGGCCCUCCAGAUGACCCUGCACACCCUCCGCAUGAUGGCCCUGGGGGGCAUCCACGACCACGUGGCUCAGGGCUUCCACCGGUACUCGACAGACGCCUCCUGGCAUGUGCCGCACUUCGAGAAGAUGCUGUACGACCAGGCCCAGCUGGCCGUGGCCUACGUCACCGCCUUCCAGGUGUCGGGAGAGCAGUUCUUUGCGGAUGUGGCCAGGGAUAUACUGGUCUACGUCUCGAGAGACCUGAGUGACAAGUCCGGGGGCUUCUACAGCGCGGAGGACGCGGACUCGGUGCCGUCCGGCGGGGGGCCAGAGAAGCGGGAGGGGGCGUUCUGCGUGUGGACAGCGUCGGAGCUGCGGGAGCUGCUGGGCGAGGUGCUGCCCGGCGCCACGGGCCGGGCCAGCCUGGCCGACGUCGCCAUGCACCACUACGGGGUCCGCGAGCAGGGCAACGUGGAGCCAGAGCAGGACCCCCACGGUGAGCUGCAGGGCCAGAACGUCCUCAUCGUGCGCUACUCCGUAGAGCUGACGGCCGCGCGCUUCGGCCUGAGCGUCGCCACGGUGACCGAGCUGCUGGCCUCCGCCAGGGCCAAGAUGGCGGCCGUGAGGAGCACCCGGCCCCGCCCACAUCUGGACACCAAGAUGCUGGCCUCGUGGAACGGCCUGAUGCUGUCGGGCUUUGCGUGCGUCGGCGCGGCGCUGGGCGACGAGGCCCUGCUGCAGCGGGCGGAGCGGGCCGCGCGCUUCCUGAAGGAGCACCUGUGGGACGCCGAGGGGCAGACCAUGCUGCGCUCCUGUUACCGCGGCGACCAGAUGGAGGUGGAGUCAACGCCGACGCCCAUCCCCGGUUUCCUCGACGACUACGCCUUCGUGGCGUGCGGGCUGCUGGACCUGUACGAGGCCACACUGCGGACGGAGUGGCUGCGCUGGGCCGAGGAGCUGCAGCUGCGGCAGGAUGACCUGUUCUGGGACGCCCAGGGGGGCGGCUACUACUGCAGCCAGCCCAGCGACCCCACCAUGCUGCUGAAGCUCAAACAAGACCAGGACGGGGCAGAGCCCAGUGCUAACUCGGUGUCUGCGCUGAACCUGCUGCGGCUGUCCCACUACACGGGCCGUCCGGACUGGGCGAACAAGGCGGAGCACCUGCUGGCCGCCUUCUCCGACCGCCUCACCCGGGUGCCUAUCGCCCUGCCCCACAUGGUGCGGGCGCUCCUGGCCCAGCACCACACCCUCAAGCAGAUUGUCAUCUGUGGUGAGAGGGAUGCCCCAGACACUGCCGGUCUCCUAGCAACCGUCCGCUCCCUCUACUUACCGCACAAGGUUCUGAUGCUGGCGGACGGUGACCCCCAGGGCUUCCUGUCCCAGCGCCUGCCCCUCCUCUCCUCGCUGAAGCCCCGCCCAGACGGCGCCGCCACCGCCCACGUCUGCCAGGACUUCACCUGCGCCCUGCCAAUCAGCGACCCCGAGGAGCUGCGCCGCGCGCUGCUAGAGCCCCACCCCCCCGCGCCCCCCGCCCUGUAG